UACAAUCCCUCGCAAGCAUGCCUGAUCGUCGAUGAUCUCAUCUGAUUUCCGUUCUCGGGAUUGUCGAACUCCUCUCCUACCGAUAUCACCUCAAAGUCAUCAUAUAUAAAGAACCUCGUAGUCCCUUUCCUGGCUGCCUUUGAUCCCAGGCUCCGUACUUCCUUUCCUUCAAAUCUGGCAUUUGGAACCCUUCGAUCAUUGCAUUCCUCUUACAACACCUGCAAGUCUCUUGAUAUUCGACAAUGAAGUUUCAUAACGUUGCUUCUCUUGGUCUCGCGGGCUGUGCCCUGGCCUUGCCUACCCCGGUGGAGAAGAGAGAAGACCUCUCCGACCUCCUUGGAUUCUCUCUCCCAUCUGGCCUCUCCCUUCCUUCGGGCCUGCCCAGCCUCUCACUGCCAACGGAUCUGUCCAGCCUGCUGAAAACCCGCCGGGACUUGCCUUUUUCCCUCCCUUCUGGCACCACUCUUCCUAAAGAUUCAAAGGGGCUGUCUGAGCUCCUGCCUUCGGGUCUCCCCGAUCUGUCCGAACUGGGCAUCACUCUUCCUACUGGACUGUCUUCCACGAAGCGCCAAUUUGGCGGUGGUGGCCCGGGAGGUUCCCCCGGUGGUCCCUCCGGUGGUCCCUCUGGAGGUUUCUCUGGCUCCAGCCUGCCCAGCCUGGGUGGCGGUUCCUCCGGUGAUUCGUCGAGCUCUUCUGGCGGGCUUCCAGACUUUCUUGGCUCACUCGGAGGCUCUUCCAGCGAUUCUUCUAGCUCGUCUGAGCCCUCCAGUGGCAGCUCUUCUGGAGGAUUCCCUGGCCUUCUUGGCUCUCUCGGUGGCUCUUCUAGCGAUUCUUCUAGCUCUGCUCAGCCCUCCAGUGGUGGCUCUGGUGGCCUUCCUGACUUUCUUGGCUCGCUCGGGGGCUCCUCCAGCGGUUCUUCUGGCUCUGCUGAGCCCUCCAGCGGUAGCUCUUCUGGCGGGCUUUCCGACUUCCUUGGCUCGCUCGGGGGCGGCUCUUCUCAAUCUUCUAGCGGUCCUUCUAGCUCGUCUAAGCCCUCCAGCGGCGGUGCUCUUGGUGGCGUGCCCGAUUUCCUGAAGCCCUUCCUCGGUGGUGGCUCUUUGUCUUCCGAUGACUCGUCCAGCUCCCCUCAGCCCAGCGGCAGCCUUGGCGACUCUUCCGGUGCUCCUCCCAGCCAGCCAUCUGGCAACCCCUUUGGCGAAUCCUCUUCAUCGCCCGAUGAGUCCUCCAGCCCGGCUCAACCCAGCGGCAGCCUCCCCAGCAUCAGCCUUCCUGAACCCAGCGGCGGCAGCAGCAGCAGCGACAGCAGCAGCUCUUCCUCCGAUGCCAGCGACUCCGAGCCCUCUCUCAGUCUGCCCACCCCGGCGGCAGCUUUCCCAGGCUCCCCUAACAUCCCCGCUCCUUCAUCCAGCUCGGCCAUCCCGACCAGCAGCGCCGUGCCGAGUGCCGUGCCUACCGCCGCGUCUUCUUUGUCUUAGAAGAUAACUAGUCUGUCUAGUUCCCAUCUGGAUCACUCAGAAGUAUUGAUUUGACUGGAUCAACGAUCUUCUCGAUGGACAGAUGGAGAUGAAUAUACAAUGGAAUGGAUGUUAAGCUGUGCUGGACAGAAUGAAGAUAUGAGAUGUGUUGAGUUGAGAUGAGUCAAGUUGAGUUGGACCCCGGCGGUCAACAAUCUGGUUGAUUUAUGUCAUUAUGCUAUUAUCAGUUUGUCUGUUUUGUCGAUGAGUUACUUAUAUGAAAUAUCUGGGAUAUUUCAGUUGAGAGAUAUCUGGAUCUGUUUUUAUACGUUAGUUAUUAAAGUCACUCAUUACAGGAAUGAA